UACUUAGAAGAAUUUCCAGAAACUGAUGAGCCAGUGUGGAUUUUAGGAAGGCAACACCACCUAAACACAGGUAUCUUUAGAAUGAAAUUUUCUGUAACAUCGGUAGAAUAUUCAUAGAUUCACAUGUAGCAACAGCUCCUGAUUUCCUUGUGUUCCCUAAAUGAGGGAAGUUUGUUCUCCAUCAGUGAGACACCAGGUGUAAGCAGUGGAAUUCCUCCUGUACAGAAGCCAGAACCAAGGCCAAUGUGCUUCCACUAUAAUUCAUGCAAAAUGAUCACAUUCAUAGCAGAGGCUGUCAGAUAUGAGCCUGGUCACUCCACAACAUCAGGGCCUCAGAAAUAGACAUAUAAAUAACUUUUGGGAAAUGCUCAGCAUUACUGAUGUCAUUUUCCUAUGAGGGAUGCUGUCUGCAGCCUGUUACUUGCAACUGCAAUGCUGUUUCAAAUAACAACAAUAAAUUAGUCUAUGGCACAUACUGCAUUUUAGUGAAAAUAAGUACAUGACCUAAAAGUUAGAGCAGAGUAAUGUGUUUAUAUAAAAGUAAGAUUUCAGAAAUGAGUUUUGCUCCCUGGGGAGAAGACAGGGCCAUCCUCCUGUGUGGAAUGUCAAAGGCAGUGGCCCCAGUGCAGGACAGCCCAGGGUGCUGCAUGCAGCCUUGAUCAGCUGGAGAAUCCUUUGGAAAAGCCAGCCUGAGCCACAGCUAAGGGAAAAUGCAGCAAACAGGAUUCUUAAGCAUUCUUCAGAGCCUUUGGAGGAUUCUACAAAUCUAAGUUAUUGUUGGAUAUAAGUGCUCGUCUCUGGUUCACAUAUAGAAGAAAGUUUUCACCUAUUGGAGGCACUGGUCCCUCGUCGGAUGCAGGCUGGGGAUGCAUGCUGAGGUGUGGGCAGAUGAUGCUGGCUCAGGCACUGAUCUGCAGACAUUUAGGAAGAGAUUGGCAAUGGGAAAAACACAAAAAGCAACCAGAAGAAUAUCAUAGAAUCUUACGGUGCUUUCUGGAUAGAAAAGAUUGCUGUUAUUCCAUCCACCAAAUGGCACAGAUGGGUGUUGGAGAGGGGAAGUCCAUUGGAGAGUGGUUUGGACCAAAUACAGUUGCUCAAGUACUGAAGAAGCUUGCUUUAUUUGAUGAAUGGAAUUCAUUAGCAGUUUAUGUGUCUAUGGACAAUACAGUGGUCAUCGAGGACAUCAAGAAGAUGUGCUGGUCCCCUGCCCAGAGCAGCAGUGUUGCCCACAGCAGUGCACAUUUGCACAGAAGUGCUCUUGGCCCAAACAAGAACACAGCAGGAUUGUGCCCAGGCUGGAGACCCCUCCUGCUCAUUAUCCCUCUCCGGCUAGGGAUUAAUCACAUCAAUCCCGUGUAUAUUGAUGCAUUUAAAGAAUGCUUUAAGAUGCCACAGUCUUUGGGAGCAUUAGGAGGGAAACCCAAUAAUGCCUAUUAUUUUAUAGGAUUUUUAGGCAAUGAGCUGAUCUACUUGGACCCUCACACCACUCAGAGUUUUGUAGAUUCAGAAGAAAAUGGCACAGUUGAUGACAAGAGCUUCCACUGCCAGCAAGCCCCACACAGAAUGAAGAUCAUGAAUUUGGACCCUUCAGUAGCUUUAGGCUUCUUUUGCAAAGAAGAAUGUGAUUUUGAUAACUGGUGUAGUCUUGUACAAAAGGAGAUUCUAAAGCAGCAGAGCCUGCGGAUGUUUGAGCUGGUCCAGAAGCACCCACCCCACUGGCCUCCUUUCAUACCUCCAACCAAGCCAGAAGUGACAACCACAGGGGCAGAACUCAUUGAAUCUACUGACAAGCUAUUUGAAUUGGAAGAAGAAUUUGAAAUCCUGAGUGUAUGAAGGAAACUGUGGUGACCCUUCUGAGUGUUGAACAUAUUGCUAAUAUUAUUGCAUUGACAUAAAUUACACAGCCAUGUUAGCCCACAAGUGCCUGAAAUCAUGGAUAGCAGAGCACAAACUUCUGGUAUCAUCCAAACUCCUACAGGGACAGUUCCUUCUGUCAAAGAGCUUCCCCAGAUGGAAAGGCACUGAAAGAUUUUAUUAUAAGACCCUGAAAGGGAACCUCUUUUUAAUGUGUGUCUUUCUUGAAGACAAAUGGACCUCUGAGAUUAAGGCAAAAAUAAGUCUGUCAGUGGGGCUGUAUGUUUGGAGAAAGGGAUAACACAAAAUGGGUAUUUCUUGCUCUCAUAUAAUGCAAUAGUUUAGUUCUUAAAGCAAGAGUCUUCAGUUAAGGAGGAUGUCUACUUCUGUUCCUUCCUGUGGGCUGCAUAGUAGAAAAAAAUGCAUUGUCUUGUUUAAAAGAUCAACUGGAUCAGGAGAAAAUUGUUUCCUUGUUAAAUAUUUUAACAUGUAUUUGAGCAACCACACUUUAUGACAAAAAUGUUUCUGUGAAAGGAACUAUGUCUAACGUAUCCAUUUUGCAAUAGCCUUCCUGUUUCUGGGAGACCUCAAGAGGAACAGGAGCCUCAAAGAGUUGAUACAGAUCACAACCACUGUUAUGAUAUAUUUCACCUUGACCUUAAAGUUCAAUCAUUAAAACUUAGGCUGACUUUUCUUCUGGAGCUAAAGCGAGUCAAAGGUGGUUUAACUGUACCUUAUUUAUUUUAAAAAAGAUUUACACAAGUAUCUCUGUCACUGCACUUUAUCUGUGCAUCUAAUAAAUUUCUUAAGCUUUUCAUAGGUUGUAUGCUGCUAUAUUUUGUUAAUUUGUUUGUGUGAACUAAAUAUAACCCAGGUUAUCUUAAAACUUAAUAUAUAGGCAUAUGCAAAUUACUUAAUUGUUGGGUUUUGACUUGUUGCCUUUUGAAAUCUGUUUUGGUAAAAGUGCCUUAAUUCUCCAGUUUUAUCAGCAGAGCCGGUGCAGUUUUGUUUCUUUUUAGAAAGAGUAUCUCUGUAGCAGCUCUAAGAAAACCAGCUCAGAAUAAAGGCAAAGAUCUUUUAAUUCA